GUGCUGAACCCUCAGUUGAGUUUCGAACUUCAACAGGUGUGAAAACGCGCUAGAGUAGAAAGCGAUCCUACGAUCAGUCGAUUCGCGAUUAAAAACCAAUUCUUGGAUUACUCCGCUUCACUUAGAAACCAGUUGUCUGCAAGCAGACCGCUUAUAAGUUUGCCCAUCUACCGGAAAAUGGGUCGCCAGUCGACUUGCAGGCUGGUCCUGCUGCUGGCUUUCAGCGUGGCACUAAUCCACGCCAGCCACUCAAACCCCACCGCGAGCCCUAAGAUUCACUACAUCGGCGAUGAUCUGACGGAAAACGAGCUGAGUUCCGGUGAAGACCAGAGCACUGUCGAGAUCCUGCCCAAAAUCUCCACGCCCAAAGUUAAGGAACUUCCCGUGGAGGUGACCACCAAGAGCCCAGAGAAAAAACCUACUCCCCCAGCCCCUGCGAAGUCUCUUAGCGCGGAUUCCCUGAUGGAUCUGCUGGAGGCUGCCAGGCACAGCCAGGCGCUAGCUGAGGAUCCCCACUUUAACAAGAUGAUCAACGCCACAGUCACCAAUGGAGAUAAGAAUUCCACCGAAAAUGAAGAUAGUGAAUACUAUAGCUACGACGAUGACUACAACUAUUUCGACGACGAAACGGAUACGACUCCAUCGAGUCCCAAGAAGGCCAAGAGCAACCCCAAGCUACAGCCCAUCGUGGAAACCACUUCCUCGAAGCCUAAGAGCAAGACCGCCGAUCAAAAGACUAAAGAAAGUACUAAUGACAUCGAUAGCGACUCGCAAUAUGAUUACGACGAGGACUUAGAUGAAGAUGAGGACGAUGAAGACGAUGAUGCUUCUGACGAUCCCGUGACCGACGAAGAGGAAGUGACAUUUAGCGAGAACGUGCCCUGCCCACGAUUCUGCCAAUGUGCCCGCAAUGUCAACAGCUAUCUGGUGGCCACCUGCAGCAGGCUGGACAUGGGCAUCCAGAAGUUCGGCUCGGAUAUUACGGACUUGGUGGUGACCAACGUGGGUCCUAAAUAUCCCAUCCUGAUGGGUCCCAAUUUCUUCCUGAAUCUGGGACUUAAGAACGUAAACUCGAUCAAGAUUGCCAACUGCACUUUGGAGUACCUGCAUGCCGAUGCUUUCCAUGGACUCAACGAACUGUAUGCUGUUAAUUUGACGGAUGUUGGCUUGGCCAUCAUCAAUCCGGAUACCUUUGUUGAAAACAAGAAGAUGCGCAUGCUGACCAUUUCUGGAAAUGACCUGAGCGUGAUGUCCAGUCUCCACUACCUGUUGAAGUCUUCCAGCAUUGAAGAGUUGGACUUCUCACGCAACAACCUCAUGGAGUUGAACCCCAAGGCAUUCAGCCAGCUCUCCAAUGUCGUCUACAUCAAUCUGAGCCAAAACAGUCUGAAGAAACUGCCCGAAAAGGCGUUCGAGAAGGUUACCCUUCUGGAGGAAUUGGACCUGUCUUACAACUCACUGACUGAGCUGCCUCGUGACAUCUUCAACGGCACCACCCUGUCCAUACUCCACCUCAAGUACAACACCUUCACUGGAGACUUGCACUUCGGCAACAAGGAUCUGCAGCAGCUGGACUUGAGCUUCAACUCCAUUGUCCAGGUCCACCACAGCAUGUUUGACAAGAUGCCUGGAUUAACCAACCUGAACCUCAAGGGCAACGGCAUCAAAAAGAUCCAACCUGACUCAUUCCUUACCCUGAAGAACCUGCGUCACAUCGAUCUUUCGAUCAACGAACUGGACCAGAUCUCUGGAAUGCUGUUCUUCAAGAACUCCGAACUGGAUGUGAUCCGAUUGAAUGAUAAUCCUCGCCUGAGCCAACUGCCCACCGAUGGCUUCUUGAGCUACAGCGGAGAGUUUACUGUCUACUACCUGGAUAUUUCCAACUGUGCUAUCGGUCCUCUGGGUCACAAGGCCUUCUCCACCAUGCCCCAUCUGACCACCUUGAAGUUGGCCUGGAACAACAUUAACCACCUGCCACGUGAGAUCUUCACUGGGCUGCACAAGCUGAUUGACUUGGAUCUGAGCAACAAUCUGAUACCCAAAAUUGACGAUCUGAUAUUCAUGGACAACGGAGAGCUGACUAAGCUUAGUCUGGCUGGUAACCCCAUUAGCCGCUUGUCAGUCCGUUUGUUCCUGCCGCUGCAUCAACUUCGCUCUCUGGAUGUAAACGACUGUGAGCUUACCACCCUGCUCUCCGAUCGCGAAUUGGGAAUGGGUUACAAGAUCUUCGACAGCCUGCGCAGCUUCAACGUCUCCGGAAAUCUGAUCAAGAAGAUCUCCUCAGAGGAUGUGAAGAGCUUCAAGAACCUUCGGUCCUUGGAUAUCACUAACAACCCGCUGAAGUGCACCCGCGAUUUCCAGGACUUCAUCAGCUAUGUAACUCUGCAAAUGCAGAUGACUCCCAGACGUUUACCUGUUUUGGCCAAUCUUGAGGAUGAUGCCACCAUUGUGCAGCUGGAGUCCCAGGCACAGGCCGGUUGGGCCACGUUAGCUCACGAGGUGUGCAAGCAUGCCGAGGGAUCAGAUCUUCUCGAUGAGAAGAAGGCCGACAGCGCUGAGGCCAAGCUGGAGAAACGUCUGAAGGAAAGCGAAAAGAAGUUGGACGAGGACGAAGAGAAGCUAUUGAGUGUCCUGGACAAGAGUGUGCUGGACAAGAGCAGGCUGAGCAGCAUGCAGAAGAUCAUGAAGGGAUCGAUCAAUGCUGAAACCGAGAAACCAGAGGAAGAUAGUGCCGAGGAGAAUCUGAACAACGGAGGUGAGGAUAAGGAGGAGGACAGCAGUGAUUAUGACAGCGAGGAGGACGAUGAAGAUGAUGAGGAUGAUGAUGAUGACAACGACGAUGAUCGCUUCGAGGAGGCUAAGAAGAAUGCCAAGGCCAAGAGCGAGUCUGACAAGAACUUUAACGCAUUUGUGAACAAGGAAGUGAAGCCCGCACUGAAAGACGAAGGUGUGCAGGCGGAGGAUGUGGACAUGUCCGAGGAGACGCGCGAUAGGUUCCUGCUAGAGAAACUCGGCUUCGACAGCGAAAGCGAGGAAUCAGAUGAGUACACUGAGAAGAUGAUCUUCCACGGCCAAAUGUCCUACGACCUGGUUGUCCCAUUGAUUAUCGUGUCGUUCUGCCUUCUGAUGAUCGUGCUGUCCAUCGCCCGUGUGAUCUACGUGGUGUUGCGCAAGCGCGGCGAGCGCUAUCGUAUGGCCCUGCUGGCCUCCAAGAACUCGUUCGUGUACCAGAAGUUGAGCGAGGACAUCGUGAAGCCCACCAGCAAGGAGCAGAAGCAGCCGAAGCACCUGAAGCAGCCCAAGGUGCACCGAUAUGCGCCCAUCAACCAGGUCUAAGUCCACCUAGAAUCAGCAGUUCUGGACCGGACUUCGCGGAAGUCGAACGAGUUGCGCUGUUUUUCUAAUUUAUAAGUUUAUUGAUAGUUGAAAAAGUGGAAAAUCACAUCAGACAACUGACUACACACAAGCACACGAAUGAUAAGAAACAGGAGGAGGAGCAGUAGCUGGCAGUUAAAAGUAUUAGCGAAAGUGCGAGGAAACAAAGCAACAACUGAGAAAUACUUGAAUCCAAAUACAUAAGAGAGAGAGAGUGAAGAAAUCUAUAAAAAAUAUCCUUUAUCCCCGAAGUAUCCUAUCCCGCCCAAUCCUGUCAAUACCAGUCAAAAUGUGGGUUUCAGAAAACGCGUUUGAUUAGCAACCGUUUCGAAAGCAACGGACUUGACCCUUAUCGAACCACUGCCCCACAAACCAUAUCCAAUAUAUCCGCAUCCAUACUUAUUAGAAUUUCGGGAACAUCUUGAAGAUUUAGUGCCAUUUUGCCAAAAUUCAAACCGAGCGAAAAUUACUUAAAAACAUUAGGGUUUCUGAACUGAGUGUCGAGUCAGGAAUGAGAAACGAUAAGCGUAGAGCAGAAAUUAGUAAGGGCUUUAGAUCCGGGUCUGUGUAGCAAACGGUUAGAAGACUCCCUAGAAUGACGUCUGAUUUUUAAUCUGAUCAAGAGAUGAGAGAAAUAAUUAAUGCAUAAACUAUGUUAAGUCUUUUUUAUUACCUUUUUUCCAAUCGAAAUCAAGCAACCGCUUGACUUAUUCGACUUUGAAACCAAUUCCGAAAACAAUAAAUUAUUUUAACCAAA